AUGGAGUCUCACUACCAAAAGACCAAGGUUGUGUUCAUAAUGGGAGCCACCGGAGUCGGAAAAUCCCAGCUCUCCGUGGACAUUGCAACCCGUUUUCCGGCAGAGAUUAUCAACUCUGACAAAAUGCAGGUGUACAAGGGACUUGACAUUGUCACCAACAAGUCUUCUGUUUCGGAGAGGCGAGGCGUGCCCCACCAUUUGCUCGGGGAGUUUGAGCCGGACACCGACUUCACUGCUCAUGACUUCUGCCGCCAUGCAGGUUCCGCCAUUGAGCGGAUAGUGAAGUCGGGACAAGUUCCGAUCAUCGUUGGAGGAUCCAAUUCCUACAUUGAAGCACUUGUGGAGGACCCGUCCUUCAACUUCAAGUCUAAAUAUGACUGUUGCUUUAUAUGGGUUGAUGUUUCAUUGCCUGUGUUGCACUAUUCUGUGGCAAAACGGGUUGAUGAUAUGGUCCGUGCAGGGCUUGUUGAAGAGGUACGAAAAAUGUAUGUCCCCGAGGCGGAUUACACUAGGGGCAUUCGUAGGUCAAUUGGGGUGCCAGAAAUGGACAAGUAUUUUAGGGCCGAGAAGGACAUGGACCGGACAAGCAAGGAGAUGUUGCUCAAAGCUUCCAUUGAAGAGAUUAAGAAUAAUACUUGUAAAUUAGUCAAUUGCCAACUUGGUAAGAUCCAACGGAUGAGGUACGAGCUCGGGUGGCUGUUGCAUCGCAUUGAUGCUACCCCCGUGUUUGAAAAAUGCGGGGAAAAAUGCGGAAAAAAGGCCAAGGAUGCUUGGGAGGAUCUAGUGAUUCAACCGACGCUGGACAUAUUGAACGAUUUCUUUAGAGAGAACGAGAUAUUCGUUGCGAACGACACCAUGAUCAUCCCUACCACCAUGAUUCAGCCUAUGGGCCAGCUGCAAGUUUCAAUUUAG